AUGUUCGGCCUCUGGGGGACAUUCUACAGUGUCCUUUACUACGUUACCAUCGUGGUGGCCGCGGCCGGGCUGGUGGGCAACGGGCUGGUGCUCUGGUACCUGGGCUUCCACAUUGCCAAGGGCCCCUUCAACGUCUACCUGCUCAACGUGGCCGCCGCAGACCUGCUGUUCCUGGGCUGCCAGCUGGCCUUCACCGCCGUCCAGGCCACCCUGGGCUCCGACUCACUCUACUUCGUCGUCACCUUCCUCUGGUUCGCGGCUGGGCUCUGGCUGCUGGCGGCCCUGUGCGCCGAGCGCUGCCUCUCGGACAUCUUUCCCGGCUGCCACCAGCGCUGCCGGCCCCGCCACACCUCGGCCGCCCUGUGCGUGCUCAUCUGGGCGCUGACGCCGCCGGCCGUGCUGCUCCCCGCGCGUGCCUGUGGCCUGCUGCGCUCCGGCCUGCGCCCCCUCGCCUGCCUGCACCUCCACGCGGCCAGCGUCACCUGGCUGCUGGCCCUCGCCGCCGUGGCCUGCACGGCGGGCCUGGUGCUCGGCCUCUGGGUGGGCUGCUGCUCCUCCAGGCCCAGGCCGCGCUUCUACGGCCUCGUACUGGUCUCCACGCUGUUGGUCAUCCUGUGCGCCCUGCCCUUCAUCCUCUACUGGAGUCUGCGCUCGCUGAUCAGCUUCCUGCUGCCCCCGUUCCCGCCCAUGGCCACGCUGCUGGCCUGUGUCCACUGCGGCGUCAAGCCCCUGGUCUACUUCAUGCUGGGCCGCCAGCGCGGGAAGAGGGAGCCCCUGAGGGUGGUCUUCCAGCGGGCUCUGGGGGAGGAGGCCGGGCGCGGGGCUGCGGGGCUGUCCCUGCCCAUGGGCCACCUGUAG